CUUAUAUUUAUAUAUAUUUCUAGAUCUAGCUUUGAUUUUGGUGUUUGUGUCUGUCUUAGUCUUAUUUUCUGUAUUUUUCAUUCGUUUUUGCUUGUGGAUAUUUUGAUGGUUGAAUAAUUUUUUCCAAUUUUCAAUUUAUUAUUUGAUCGCUGUUUUGAACUUUUUUUUCUUCGAGAUGCGAAAAUGUUUUUUCCAUUGUUUGGAAAUUGUGUUGCCUUAUAUAGAAAGCAGGAAAUUACUAAAUAUUUGACUCAAUUAAUAAGAUUAAAUUACAAAAUGCAUCCCAUUAUUUCUUAAAAUUCUUACUUUUAAAAUGAAAUUGAAUAUACAUGACACUCUUAAAUUCACACUUGAAUUUUGAUUCAAUUUUGUGAUGUAUAUUUAGUGUUUUUAAUAGAAUCCCAACAAUUUGAAAUUUUUAGCAUUUUUGGUUCUUACCCUCAUUGUGAAUUCUUUUUAGCUAGUGAACGCAAACGUGUAUCCUUUAUGUUAUUAUAUACUUGAUUUGUUCUACGGAUUUGAUAUGUGGCUCUAUGAGUUUCCUGCUGAUUAUUGUACAAACUGAUGUGUUUCUUCUUGUCCUGGCCAUGGCAUCAUGACAAUUUUCUCAAAAAGUGUUGCUCUACAUGUUGGAUACUUGAAACUAUUUGUAAACUCUCGUUGUUGUCACACAUGCUAAGGUCUAUUCAGAAGAUUGAAACAGAGGUUGCAUUACCACAAAGGAGCUUGGGACUGUGAUGAGAUCACUGGGACAGAACCCCACUGAGGCAGAGCUCCAGGACAUGAUUAAUGAAGUUGAUGCAGAUGGGAAUGGAACUAUUGAUUUCCCUGAGUUUUUGAAUCUCAUGGCUAGGAAGAUGAAAGACACCGACUCUGAAGAGGAGUUAAAAGAGGCAUUCAGAGUUUUUGACAAGGAUCAAAAUGGUUUUAUUUCUGCUGCUGAGUUACGCCAUGUGAUGACAAAUCUUGGUGAGAAGCUUACUGAUGAAGAAGUUGAUGAAAUGAUAAGGGAGGCUGAUGUUGAUGGUGAUGGCCAGAUAAAUUAUGAGGAAUUUGUGAAGGUCAUGAUGGCAAAGUGAUUAUCUACUCCCACCAAAACUAAACUGAAAGAAUUCUUAAAAGGUUAAGAAAGUAUUCCUAUUUUUCUUUGUCUUUUUUUUAAUUCUUUUUGUAGGGAUUUUAAUCGAUGCUUUUGGCUCAAAAGGUAGUUGUGAUUGUUCUUAGUGAUGGUCUUUUGGGUGUUUAUUAACGUGCAAGUCUUGCUAAACUAAAUUGUCUUUGGCAAUUUAUGUUUCCAUUUUCUAGUUUCCUUGAACUUGAUCCACUAAUAUUCAAUGCUUUCUGAUUAAUUUUAUUUUGCAUUGAAACCGUGUA